AUUUCCUGAGAAGGGAGAGGGCCGGCUAACACCAGCUCCAGCUGCAGCGGAGUCCUGCCCACCAUGGCCCUGGUGCUGAGCCUGCAGUUGCUGACCCUCUGGCCUCUGUGUCACGCAGUCCUCGUGCCAUCUGUCCCCCCAGCUUCAUACCCCAAGCCUUGGCUGGGAGCUCAGCCAGCUGCAGUCGUGACUCCUGGGGUCAAUGUAACCUUGAAGUGCCGGGCACCCCAAGCCGCCUGGAGAUUUGCACUUUUCAAGCCUGGAGAAAUCGCCCCCCUACUCUUCCGGGACGUGUCCUCGGAGCUGGCAGAGUUCUUCCUGGAGGAGGUGACUCCGGCCCAAGGGGGCAGUUAUCGCUGCUCCUACCGGAGGCCAGACUGGGCACCUGGUGUCUGGUCCCAGCCCAGCGAUGCCCUGGAGCUGCUGGUGACAAGUGAGGUCCUGGGAAGAGUCACAGAAACGUACCGCGACUCCGCGCAGCCCUGGGCCGACUUCCCGCUGCUGGGCGCCCGCGCCCCCGGCACGUACAGCUGCUACUGCCACACGCCGUCGGCGCCCUACGUGCUGUCGCAGCGCAGCGAGCCGCUGGUCGUCAGCUGGGACGACUCUGGCUCCUCCGACUACACCCAGGGGAACCUCAUCCGCUUGGGGCUGGCCGGCCUAGUCCUCAUCGCCCUGGGCACGCUGGUCGCUUUGGACCGGCGCAGCCAGAACCGCUCCCCUGGUGGUGUCCAUCCCUGA